AUGUCGGGUACUCGUGUCUACGUUGGGAAUCUCCCCAUGGACAUUCGUACGCGUGAAGUUGAAGAUAUUUUCUAUAAAUACGGUCGUAUUCGUGACAUUGACGUGAAAUUCCCGUCACGUCCACCGGCUUUUGCUUUUGUGGACUUUGAAGACUCACGGGAUGCUGAAGACGCUAUUCGAGGUCGUGAUGGCUACGAAUACGACGGGGCUCGGUUACGGGUUGAACCCGCGAACGGAGGACGGCGGGAAUCAGGUCGCGAGUCGGGUCGAGAUUCGACCCGUGGGUCGACCCGUUACCCGCGCAACAUUCGGGGCACCGGCGACUUUACGGUCCACGUAUCGAACUUACCACCACGUGUGUCAUGGCAGGACUUGAAGGACUUUAUGCGUAAAGCUGGUGAUGUGGUGUUUACGGAAGUGGACGGACGUGGUGGUGGUGUUGUUGAGUACGGGAACAAGCGGGAUAUGAAGUACGCGGUGGAAAAAUUGGACGAUUCGGAAUAUCGUGGCCGUAGUGAGAAUUCCUACGUCCGUGUACGAAUUGCAGGCAGUCGUGACAGGAGCAGAAGCAAGAGCAAGAGCAAGAGUCGUAGCAGAUCACGUAGUCGUAGUACGCGACGUUCUGGGAAGAAACGCAGUCGUAGUCGCAGUGAAGAGAAGGACGGAGAAGGAGAGAAGAAAGCGAGACGUAGUCGGACGCCGGAUAAGGAGUCGGUGAAGGAAAAGGAAGACGAGAAGGACGAGAGAAUGGAAGACGGUAAGGAAGCCGACACUAGUGAGACUGCUAGUGCUAUUGACAAGAAGGAGCAGGAUGAACCAAUAGUAGCGGACAAGGAGGACGAGUCUAUGAAGGAAGACGAAGUUGUGGCGGACAAGGACGAGUAG